CGGGACGCUGAGGAGGAGCCAGCAUGUCCGUUUCUGUGAUAACAGACACGUAUACGUCCAUCGACCGGCCGGCGGUCUCUGAGACCCCCACCGGUGCUAAUGCUACAGAGCGGGAACGAGACGCCCUGCUGGCCGUGGCCGAGGUGGUGGUGCUGGCGGUCAUCUUAGUGAUGGCGUUACUUGGCAACGGGCUGGUCCUGGUGGUGUUGCUAAGACGAAGGCGACACCACAACCCCCUGCACCAGUUCAUGCUGAACCUUUGUGUGGCUGACCUGGUGGUGGCGCUGUUCCAGGUGUUGCCCCAGCUCGUGUGGGACGCUAAGGGACGCUUUCCUGGUCCUGACUUCUUAUGUCGCCUGGUGAAGUACCUUCAGGUUCUUGGAAUGUUUGCCUCCUCCUACAUCAUCGUGGCCAUGACAGUGGAUCGCCACUAUGCUAUCUGCUGCCCCCUGCAGGCACAUCGCAGCGGGGCCACGAAGCGCUGGAACAGCUUCAUCGUGCUGGCCUGGGUACUGUCGCUGCUGCUCAGCCUGCCACAGGUCUUUAUCUUUUCCCGUUCUGAGUUGGCUCCAGGUGUGUAUGAAUGUUGGGGCAAUUUUGCCGAGUCCUGGGGCCUCAAAGCCUACGUGACGUGGAUGACGCUAGCCAUCUUCAUCCUCCCCGUUCUGAUCAUCACCAUCUGCCAGGUGCGAAUCUUCAAGGAGAUUCAUAACAAUCUGUACCUGAAAUCAGACUGCCGCCUGUCCCCCGCUGCUCUCCCUCAAUUAAGAAAAGAAACCCAGAGAGGAAAAAGAGGAGGAGGAGAAGGAAAGUCUAAUGUCCCCUUCUAUGUUUCCCCCCUCGUAGGUGGAGAGGUAACAGCAGCCAUGUCAAAGACGGUGAGGAUGACGCUGGUCAUUGUGCUUGUGUACUCGCUCUGCUGGGCCCCGUUCUUCAGCGUCCAGCUCUGGGCCGCCUGGGACCCUGACCCACCUCAGAACGGUGUAGCGUUUACCCUGCUGAUGCUGUUGGCCAGUCUAAACUCCUGCACCAACCCCUGGAUCUACUCCGCCUUCUCCAGCAGCGUCUCCCCGGAGCUUCGUCUGCUGCUUCACUGUCGGCCGCACACUCGGCGCCGAGCUUCCGAAACAAACGACUCCACCAUCACGCACACCUCCAACUGAACACUGGACACGAUGAAGGGCAACUCCCUCUCAAUGGCACAGCUGAGUCGGCUGAUGUUUAAGGAAAUAUUAGUUGAACUUUUAAAAUGAGACCCGAGUGAACCCAUGUGAAGGGGCGCUGAAAAUGAACAGGGGUGAGUGGAGCGAGGAUUUUUAUUACAAUAGAAAUAUGUGGAAAAAAAUUCUAAAACAAAAAUGUAACUGUGUGUAUCACUCACACACCCUCCAUGACACCAUGGAAACCACGAGUCUCUCCAAAGACUACAAAAAUCCAUCUUCCAGCACCUGUGAGGCUCAUUUCUGGGUCGUGUUUGUUAAAUCUGAAUGUUAGAGCUAUGCACUCAUUCCAUUUCAUUAGGUACACCAGUGCAAAUUCUUAAAUCAGCCAAUCAAAUAACUUUGUCUGCACGACUGAAAGCACCACGUUGAGACAACCAGCUGAAGU